CGUCCGCGCGGCGCGUCGUCGGCGCCGCUCUCCGCGCGCGGCCAGUGUGCGAGUUGCCGCGAGCACGCGUCGCGCGUACACGUAGCCACGGUAUAUACCCGACGGUCGGAGAAUUAAUUCGGGGCAAGUCGCGGCACGAAGCGGGAAUUGAAGACGGAGGACGGAAGCGACGAGGGAUCAUCGAGCGGGGCCCUCUCGCCGGCUACGUGGCGGUCCCGCCGCCAGCAGCGGGGAAGAUGAAUUUCACUCCAUUCCCGGGGUUCACGGCAGGCUCGCUACCCACGGGCACGGUGCACCAGUUCGCCACGGCCAAGUUCGCCCAGAACCUGACGACCGGCGGGCAGGUGGUGGGCGUCCUCUCCGGCGGGGAGGGCGGCGUCCACUACCUGAGGCCGGUCGAUCCGAACGGGUUCGCCGUGGCCCAGGGCGGGAACAACCAGCAGCAGCAGAUCAUCACCCUGCCGAUCACCGUACCCGGGAAGGACGGUACCCAGCAGCAGCAGACCGUUCAGAUCCAGGUGGUCAAUCCGAGCGUCUCCCAGAGCGGAAACAGCGGCGAGCAGCCCAAGUACCACCUGGCCCCGAUUUCGUUGGGCCAGUUCCCCCAGGGUACGGCGACGGUCCUCACGGUCGCCUACAGCCAGCAGGGCGCCGAUGGGGUACAGAUCCAGGUCCAGCCGCAGAACACCGUGGCCACCACCCAAACCUCCGAGCAAACGACGCAGAGCACGUCGACCACGGUGACGACGACGGCACAGCAGACGAUCCAGCAGACGGUGCAGCUGCCCGGCGCGCCGGAGGGUCUCACGGUGGUCGCGCAGAUCCCCCAGGACCUGAUCCUGAGGGAGGGCCUCGACGAGUCCAAGGACGACGUGAAGGAGGGCACGACGCCGGUCGCGCUGAUCAAGCGAGGCACCGUAAAGAGCCAGGGGAACCAGAGUAACGAGGAGUUCAUCACCUCGAUGCCGGCCAGCUGGCAGAGCUUGGCCACCCCGGGCUCGACGGUGGCCGACUACCUUUCGAGGCUGCCGGCCAGCACGCUGCCCCUGAGCCUCCACCACUUCCUCAAGUUCUCGGCGGAGACGAUCAAGAGGGAGGCGACGAUCGAGUCGAGCCCCCUCGGAGCGGACGGCCUGGACGCGUCCGGGAGCGCGGCGACCGGCGAGCAGACGGUCCAGAUCACGGUCGCCGGGGGCGAGACCGAGAUUAUCCCCGACGUGGUCGAGGAACAGGAACCCGGCACCAAGCCGAAGCGCAAGAAGAAAUACAAGAAGAAGCCCCCGAAACCGAAGAAGCCGAAGCCCGGCCAGGUGAGCAUAGUGACCGCCCUGGACGGGACGCCGAUCUUCUGUUGUCCCCAGUGCAACAUGGGCUACCCAGAGAAGGAGCUCCUCGAGCAGCACCUGAUCGGCCACAAGAUCGAGAGGCGGUUCAUCUGCGACAUCUGCGGGGCCGGGCUUAAGCGCAAGGAGCACCUGGAGCGGCACAAGCUCGGCCACAACCCGGACAGGCCGUUCAUCUGCUCGGUCUGCCUGAAGGGCUUCAAGCGGAAGGAGCACCUUAACCUCCACUUCGUCAUCCACUCGGGCCAGAAGACCGAGGUCUGCUCCGAGUGCGGCAAGGCCUUCUACCGGAAGGACCACCUGAGGAAGCACGCCAGGUCGCACCUGGCCAAGCGGGCAAAAGACGACCCGCUGGGUGGCGCCGACACCUCACAGAGCCAGCAGCAGCAGCAGCAGCAGCAGCAGCAACAGCAGCAACAGCAGCAACAGCAGCAACAGCAGCAGCAGCAGCAGCAAGCCGAGCAGCAGCAGCAGCAGCAACAGCAACAGCAGCAGUCCACCGUCGCGGAGAUCCAGCAGCAGCAGCAGACAACCGUGCCGGAGCUCCAGCAGAUCCAGAUCCAGGUCGGACAGGGCUCCCAGGCGCAGAUCCACCAAAUCGCCGUGAGCGAGCAGUCUACCGUCGUCCUGCCGACCGCCGCCGAGACGGGCGCCAUGGCGAUGCUCCACCACCAACAGCAGCAGCAACAACAGCAGCAACAGCAGCAGCAGCAUUAGCGCCGAGCAGCCCCGGGAACGACCGGGCGAUUCUUCAGGAUCAGCCGACAGCGAGGACGCGAGAGUCCUGCGCGGGAUGUGCCCUCUGGGAAGGACGAGCCUCGAAGAGGGAACGCCAUUGGUCGCUAGC